UUAUGUUAUCUUUUUUUUAUAUAUACUAUCAUUGUAUGCGUAUAUAGGUAUACUUGUUGUGAUUAUUUAUAGGGUGUGUGUGUCAUGGUAUGUACAUAUGGUGGUGUAUCGGUGAUAUAAAUCAUACGUUAAAGAGCAGUGAUUCCAAACCUUGGUGGAACCCCUCCCAUGAAUUUUCAUUUUCCAAGGCACCCUUGUUAAUAGUGUUCUAAUGCAAGAUAUGAUCGUCUGUUUUUUUUAAAGUUAUUAAGCAAUGUAUACUGAGUUUGGAAUUCAAGAUUGCAUCAAAUGAGCUAAUAUGAUAGACUUGGUGAAAAGUCAUACUGUAAUAGCACAGGAUUAUUUUACGAUUUUUUGGAGAACCCUUGGUGAUGGUCGCCGGAAGCCCCCAGGGUUCUACGAGCUCCUAGUUGGUGAUCUAAGUUAUAGAGUGUUAAUUGUCUGUGUUUUUAUUAUUAAACUGUUUUUUUUGUGGCUGCACUGUGUAGCUGCUUGGUGCUGUGACGGCCAGGAUAACAGUACCUGGGUUUGCACCAAACGAGAGGGAAGGCUCGCUAUGAGGCUCUGCUCAUAGGGGUCGUGCAAGCAACGUCGUGGUUAACUGCAUGGUGUGGUGUAGUCAACUGACAUGUGUCAAACGCAUAAGCCGGAGUAGUUAUGCAAAGCGUAAGUGGUAGUUCCCAUUUUGUUUUGCUUAAUAUAUUAUCAUCUACUUACUUUGUUUUUGCUUGUUAGUUAUUGUUUGACGGCAACAUUAUUGACACAUACGUGGAGCACUUCAAAUCAAGGUAUAUCCACAACUUUCUAUGUACGUACUACCCUAACACCAUUCGAUGAACUUUUCAGAGAACAUGUGUAUGAUUUCUUUGGAAAUCUAAAAACACGGUUUAUGACGAUGGAUGAGGGCGAUGUAAUAUCAGGAGGUGAUGAUUUGUCUGGUGAUCUCAGCACAGACAAGAUUGCAUCAAAUAGUCAAGACCAUCCAGCAAUCCAGUCACUGUCGUCAGGUCAGGAAAGCAAUGAAUUAUCAGACAAUCAAAACACUAAAUCUGCGCCUGAUGAAAUGCUGUGUUCCUUACACAUCAAGAGCAGUGAUAAGUAUCAAGAUUUUGGUAGAGUCAUUUGCUUCAAAGAUGACAAGUUGGCAAAAUGCAAGGAAAUAUUAAUGCUACGAAAACAAAAAAACUUGAAAUAUGCUGACAUAUCCCUGCCAACUGUAGUAGACAGUAUCCAUGGUUAUCACCACGAGUGCUAUAGGAAAUUUACAGCAUUACCAAAGGCUCACAGAUCUGCAACCAAACCUUCGUGUCACAUGAGCCAAGAAAAUCCUUCAUGUCACAUGAGCCAAGAAAAACAAUCACUAAGCUUGAACGAAUCGGCAGCAACAUCGAAAGAGGGCACAUGUGAUUUCCAGCCGAUGUGCUCGUUUUGUGGAUCGGCUAGAAAAAAAAUUAAAAACGUGGAGCAAAAAUUAGUUUCAGCUGAGACAGCCCAGUUUGCUGCAAACAUUCAAGAAUAUGCUGAAAUGAAAGGGGAUGAAAAAUUGUUAACACAGAUAAGAGACCAGGAUUUUGUUGCAAAAGGAUUGAGGUACCACGCCAACUGUCGCUCACUGUACCAGAGUCAAGCAAGGGCAAUGUCCAAAAAUGGAAAUCAACCAAGGACAGGGUACAUAAGCAGAGAGAAAGAAGUUCAUAGAGAGGCUUUUGACUCAUUGAUAUCUUACAUUGAACAGAAUGUAAUUGAGAAGCGCGAGGUGCAUUUGUUAACUGACCUGAACACCUAUUAUACAGCCACUGUUCAUGAAAUAGGUGGUGAGGACUUUCAACAUGCAACCCCAACAGCACAAAAGCUGGAUGAAAAAUUAACCAAACAUUUUGGUGAGAGGAUCGUGGUUCAAAAGGGAAAGACAAAACGUGGAAGUAUUGUCCAUUCGUCUGAGAUGUCAAAAGAAGAAGCACUUGCUUUCAAAUUUGAUAAACUCAUGGAUAUUAAAAUGAAAAUCAGAGAUGCAGCAUUGGUACUUCGUGAAGCCAUCAUGAAAGCCCCACAAAAGCAAAUACCUUCAAGUCCGACCACGCAAGAUAUAAUUGGUGGGGAAGUUGAUGUCCCGGAGUUAGUCCAAGACUUCUUCAAAUACUUAGUUGGUGGUCCAGACUCAAGAAUAUGGAAACAACCAGGAAAACAGCGGCGAAUCAGGGCUAUUAGUCAGGAUGCAGUAUUUUCUGCAACAUCUGGUAAGAAAAAACCAGGAAAGCAUCUGAUUACAGCUCUGGCUAUGAAGAGCAUGACUGGGUGUAGAAAAGUAAUAGAAGUGCUGAACAGAAUGGGUCAUUGUGCCAGUUACCAUACGGCUGAAGAAAUAGAAACUGAACUAACAUUUUCGGUCAAAAAUAAUGACAACGAAAUGCCGUUUGGUAUGCACUCAGGAAAUGAAUAUGGAACUGGAGUAGCCUGGGACAACUUUGAUCGAUUUGUUGAAACUAUGAGCGGCAAGGACACACUUCAUGAUACAGUUGCCAUAGCGUACCAGCUCGUUGAAGCUAAAGCCUCAGCCCAAAAGCCAGAGUCAGAUAGAAUUCACCAUGAGAAUAUUACUGAAACAAAAACAAAAGCAUCCCUGCCAACAAUUGGAGUCGGCCUAAGCAAGAAAAGGCGGCGUUCCUAUGAAACUGAAAGCUCUGAAAUUCAGCCUUAUCAUAAAAAACCACGCCUAGAAAACGCCGGGUUACUGGCUGCCGAUGAUAUCAGACUUCUGACAAGUGAGGAAAAUGUUGACUUAGGGUCAUGGAAGAAAGAUGUUCUCUGGAUGUUGGAUGUGGCAAAAUCCAAAUACACCAAUGUGGGCAGGAUGGAAUGCAGAGAGAGUUUAUGACUGUAGAAAACAGAUGAAAGUUUGGUAUUUGCCACAAAUAAACCAAUCACCCACAUCAAAUGCUGUCGUUGUUGAAACAAUGAAAAGGUCACAGAAAUUAGCAGAGGAGUCCAACAAGUCUUGCAUGGUUGUCACCUACGACCUAGCCAUAGCAAAAAUAGCUUUGCAAAUACAAGCCCAGGAAAAGCCGGUAUUUGACAAUCUCUUCAUUUCACUUGGGUCAUUCCAUGUGGAGAAAGCAUAUUUUUGUGUCAUUGGGAAGCUGAUCGCUGAAUCUGGUGCCCCGCACAUAUUGAAUGAGUGCGGUGCACUAGCAGUGGGCUCUAUAAACGGAUUUAUCAAAGGAAAGCAUUACAACCGCUGCAAGAGAAUACACGAACUGCUAGCGGUUUCUCUGGAAAUACUCUUUUUUGAAUGGUUUCAAAAAAGCCAAAACAACCCUGACAUAGUACCAGUGCUUCAGAAUGAGCUAAAAUGCAUCAGUGAUUCUCCAGAUAUCAACAAAUACCAACAUUCAAAGGAAGGAAACGACAUAUUGGAAAGAUACAGAGACUUCUAUGAAAAAACACUGGCCGGGGACAAUGGAAAAACUGCACAGUUUUGGUGUAGCUACAUCAGCCUGAUGCACCUGUACCACAGAUACAGCCGCAGUGUCAGAACCGGAGACUUGGAGGGGUACACAAACACAUUGCUGCAAAUGGCAAACUAUUUCUUCGCCUUGAACCAUCACAACUAUGCCCGCUGGACAGUAAAGUAUCACGAUAAUCUACUGAAGCUUAAAGAAACACAUCCAGAAAUCUAUGAAGAAUUCAAAGACGGACUGUUUUCUGUUAAGAGAACCAAUAGUCCGGUUGCCAAACGGUGUUUUGGGGCCGAACCCGGUUUUGUGUGUUGCCAAAACAUGUCAGAGACCCGCCAUGAUGUAUGGAUCUCAAAAAUGGCAAACCAGAAGCUGUCAGUUGCUCCAAAACUGAAGUCUCUGCCACCAACUUCAGAGGCUUUCAUGCAACAUGUCUACAGAGCCCAUUACCAGACACUUGUGUGGAAGUCGUCACUCGUCAGUGAACCUGAAGCUCCUGAUCCACUGAAGUAUGGAUGGACCAAGAGAAAUGAUAAGCUCUUCCCGGUCAUGUUACCAGAGAAUAAAUCACCCGCAACAGAAAGUAUCCAAAUGAUCAAGGUGCUGGAGUGGCACCCGGCUGAUUCCUGUUGA